ACCGCUCUGUUCUCUCUCGCCCGCCCGCCGCCGCCGCGCCGCCGGAGCCGCCGUCUCGCCCGCGCGCGCCCCAGAAAGGAAAGCUCAGGUGAAGAGCAGGGUACCAGGAAAUGGCGGCGUUUCUGAGGUCAAAGUGUUCCUCAGUUGGACGUACUCUGAUGGGAAGCCUUGGAAAUAAUUUGUAUGGAGCCGCCAGCUCAUCUGUUGAGACAGUGACAAGACCUUCUCAUUGUGAUGCUAUCAGCCAGCAAAUCAGAACAUUCAUCCAGAUGAGAACCAACCUCAAGGUUGUUGACAACUCUGGAGCGAAGCGGGUUAUGUGCAUUCAGGCCAAGAGGGGGAAGUAUGGAGCAAGGCUUGGGGACACGAUCAUCGGAUCUGUCAAGGAAGCACAGCCUCGUGGCAAGGUCAAGAAAGGAGAUGUCGUGUACGGAGUGGUCGUCCGUGCUGCCAUGAAGAAAGGGCGCAGUGAUGGCAGUGAGGUCCAGUUCGAUGACAACGCAAUAGUCCUUGUAAACAACAAGGGCGAGCUGAUCGGCACUCGUGUCUUUGGUCCGGUGCCUCAUGAGCUUAGGAAGAAGAAGCACCUCAAGAUCCUGGCGUUGGCUGAGCACAUUGUUUAAGAUGUCGUCCUGCUUAGGUAUCUGCCUGCUAGUUCUGCAGAGUGAAAUGAAUGUGGCGUUUCCCUUAAAGAAUGUUUCUAGGGAUGUUUUUGUUCUCUGUUGAAUCGUGAUAUUAGUGUAUUUCACUAUCAGGUUUGGCUGUUUGUAUUUCUCAAAACUGUACCCUGAAAAUAGAGUGUGAACUAUGGUGAGUUCUGAUGGAUCAUGAUUUGGACUUCCAUUGAACAUGAAUAUUAGUGUCCUAUUUUCAUGACCGA